AUGACUUUUAAUAUUGGAUAUACGGAGAUCAGACUAGGUAUGAAAGCUUUUUUGACUCGUCCCAAGCGGAAAUCAUCUCCAGAGCUCCAAAAGGAAGUCGCAGAACCAGAAGAGUCAACCGAAGUCAAGUUGGUUUUAUUAUCGUCUUUGCAUCCUCACCUUGAUCAGGAAACUCUACUAGACAUCUUACUAGCGCAUGAUGGUUCCGUUUCUGAGGCAUCGGCGUCCCUUAAAGUCCAGGCCCCGGUGAAGAAGGGCACUCGAGUUAUCGGAUACCAGCAGUCCUUGAAGCAAUUUGCAACCCCAAGUGACUCGACAUCCUUGGAUACUACACCAAAAAAGAAGAAAUUAAGGUCAAAAGCCGGAAGUACAUUGCACUUAUAUGAUCCGGAAGACGUGGCUGAACAUACUCCAUGCACGAUUAUACACAACUUCUUACCACCUGAAGAAGCCAACGAAUUACUGCAAGAACUACUUGAAGAAUCAAAAUCUUUCGAGAAGAUCACUUUCCAACUAUUUGACAACGUAGUAUCAAGUCCCCAUACUUCAAGCUUCUAUGUCGAGAGCUACGACGAGAUCGAGCGCCAGAAAACAGAGUACCACUACAACGGUGGUCGACUUACGGUAAAUCUUUAA